AUGGCUAUUGUUGAAGAUGAGGUGCGAAAUGAUUCUGAAGAAGAAAAUGAGAUUGAAGUUGUUGUCGAAGAGGACGACGCAGACCAAGAUUCUGAUGAUUCGGAUGAUGAUGAUGAUGAAGAUGUAUUGGAAAAAAAAGUAGCAGACUUAGAGCGUCGGAUAGCAAAAGACCCUUAUAUUUAUGAUGAUCACAUUGACCUUAUACAAGCACUGUGGAGUCUUUCAGAACUAGAUAAAUGGCGUGCUGCAUUCAACCGUCUUCAGCAGAUGACAUUGCUACGCCCUGAGCAUUGGCUUCUGCGUUUGCAGACUGAAGAAACACUUGCACAUUCUGCUCAAUCCCACGAUUUUAUGGCUGACCUGUUCCAGCAAGCUGCUUUAGAUUGUUAUUCCAUACCAAUUUUGAGUCUGUGGUGUUCAUGGGCCUUAAGUACUGGUGCAGCGGACAUUGCACGAGCUCAAUUAGAUGAAGUACUUCGACGUGCUGGCGCUGAUCCGUUUUCGGGGAAACUCUUCUGGGAUGCUAGACUUGAGUUAGAAAAAGCACAGCUUGAAACUUUGAGCGAAGACCACGCCGACUAUAAGUCACAAAAGGAACGCGUCCUAUGGUGCCUAGAAGAAGCAGUGUCUCGGCCGCUGCUAAGAAGUGAAGAGGCGUGGCAGCCUUUUCACGAAUUGGCUUUAGUACUACACGAUCAACAAUAUGUUGAUAGGGUCAAAAAGCAACAUGAUGCAGCUGUUGAAUACUUACAAAAAGUUACUCCAUAUGAAGAUAAAAUAUUGACAACAGAAGAUCCUGCCGAAAAGUAUAAAGUUUACAAGGAGUAUAUAAAUGUAGUUAAGGAUUUAUCUCAAGAAGGAAAGUUUUCAGAAUGUGAUAGUAAUGGUAUCCUUAAGGUGCUGUAUGAGCGUGUGACAACGGAGUGUAUAAAUUGCGAUGCAAUACAUGACCUUUUGCUGGAGUACGCACAUCUGGCGCAGGAAAACUCUUCGCGUGCCACAAUUCGUCGCGUGCUGGACGCUUGCGUGCGUCGAUGUCCGAGAAAACACACAUUUUGGACGCUUAAAAUGCAGCAAGCUGAGCAUGAAGAGAAGGAAUUUGAUGAGGUUAAAUCAAUAUUUGAGACAGCACUUUCAAAAGGCAUGGAGACAUACAAAGAGGCAGAGUCGUUAUGGAUGAGCUAUCUCGAAUAUUGUAGAAGGAAAACUAACUUUGAUAAUGAAUCAGAUGUGGAACGGUUACGUCGUACUUUCCGGCUAGCGUGGGAUUCGCUUGCUGAGGCUUGGGGCGAUGAGGCAAAUGACUCAGAAGUGCCUCUCUUUUGGGCACAGCUCGAAUAUAAGCGUAUGAACAAUCCUAAGCAAGGAAAAGAAAUAUUCGAAGAAAUAUUUAAGUACGGCGAGAACAAAACUAUGUCGAAGUACUGGGAGGCGCUCUUACAUCUAGAGAGCGGUCGCGGUGGCAGUGAGCACAAGUUGCGCGAAUUGCACAGGCGCGCGUUGCAGUGCGUGCGCGACUACCCGCCCGCCGUCGUGCGGCUGUGGCGCGACAUGGAGCGCGAGCGCGGACACCUCGACUCCGCGCGCCAGUGCGCCGCGCUCUGUGAGGCUAAACUCAAAGAAUGGCGUGAGAAUUAUCAAGCAAUGAAAGAGAAAAUGAUGGGGCAAAAACAGAAAGGCAAGCAAGGUCAGAACAAGAAGACAAAAUUAGAUAGUAAAAGAAAGUCUAAAGAUAACAGACAGGUAAAAGGAAAGAGGAAAUCGGAAGAAGCCGGACAAGGAGAAGGAAGCGAGGUAAAAAGAAAAAAGGAGACUGAUAUGGAAGUGGACGAUAAGGAAAAGCAAAGUGACGCAGCAGGCGGCGUGAAGAGGUCACACGAAGAUGAUAGUGCGGCCGGAGCAGACAAUAAACGGCAAAGGACGGACAGUGGUGGGUCAAAUGACUCACAGCAAGUGGGUAAAGAAGCGUGCACGCUUUUUGUUAGCAAUCUUGAUUUCAAGGUGAACGAGCAAAGUUUACGAGACAAAUUAUCGGAGUUCGGUGACAUUGUAUCAAUGAGGGUGAAAGCGGGCGUAAAGGCAUUUGGCGGUUCCAUCUGCUACUGCCAGUACAAAACUGCAGAAUCAGUAGAAAAGGCUCUCAAACACGAUCGCACACCGUUAGACGGUAGACCAAUGUUUUUUUCGAGAUAUUCGGCGAACAAAGCAAAAUCUUCAUUCAAGUAUGCGACCUCCACUGAGCGGAACAAACUCUUUGUACGGAACCUUCCCUUCAGUCAUUGUACUAAAGAGGCGCUUACGGAGAUAUUCCACAAGUUUGGCAAUCUCAAGGACGUGCGGAUUGUCACAUUCAAGGAUGGCAAGCCGAAGGGUCUGGCGUACAUCGAGUACGAGGACGAGGAGUGCGCGGCGCGUGCGCUGCAGCAGUGCGACGGGCUGCAGCUGGACGAGCGCCGCCUGCAGGUGGCCGUCAGCGCGCCGCCGCCCCGCCACACGCUGGGCCAACCCAAACGUGACGUCACAUCCGGCAUGCGACGAACGCAGCUAAGCAGUUUUAUACCUAGCGUAUUACAGAAACCAUCUACGAGUAAGUCAAGUGAAACUAACGGAAGCCAUACAAAUGGGGACGAGAAGAAACCACUCAGUAAUGCCGAUUUUAGAAAUAUGCUACUGAAGAAAUAA